AUGGAUGAGGGCCUUACUCAAAAGAAACUUGACGUCUCUCGUGGUUUCACAUACACCUAUUACACUUCCCCCGCACAGGGCUCCAAGCCUACCCUCAUCCUCUUCCACGGUUGGCCCGACACUGUACGCCUUUGGGCAGGCCUCACUGAUAACUUCCUUAUCCCGCAUGGUUAUGGAGUUGUUGCCUCAGACUGUUUGGGAUAUAGCGGAACCUCCAAACCCACUGAUGUCACUUCGUACUCAUACCAACAUCUGACGGCCGACAUGAUUGAGAUUCUCGACGCAGAGAAACUCUUCACCGUUAUCUCCGCGGGCCAUGACUGGGGAAGCGCUCUUGCUCAGCGGUUGUACAACCUUCACCACUCUCGAGUAGCAGGGCUUAUCAUGGUCAACGUCUCUUACAUCCCACCAAGUUGGAAGUUCGAUCUCGAUGCUGCCAACGAGCUGACAAGGAAGGCCUAUGGUUUUGGCAUAUAUGAGUACUGGCAUUUCUUCACGUUGGAGGACGCACCCAAGCUCAUGAGAAAGAAUCUCGAGUCUGAGUACAGCGUGGCGUUUGGGAACCCUUAUACCUGGCUCACGAGCUGA